AUGGAGAAAUUGCUUGCACGCUACGGAGUCACUCAUCGUUUGUCUACCGCAUAUCAUCCACAAACAAGUGGACAAGUGGAAAAUGCGAAUCGCGGUAUUAAACGAAUCUUAGAGAAAACAGUCGGUAAAAAUAGGAAGGAUUGGUCCGACAAGCUAGACGAUGCAUUAUGGGCGUUUAGAACCACCUACAAGACACCUUUAGGAACUACACCUUUCAUGAUUGUCUACGAAAAAGAUUGUCACCUUCCCGUAGAGUUAGAGCAUAGGGCGUUUUGGGCAUUGAAAACCGUUAAUCUUGAUAUGACCGAAGCCGCUAGGAAGCGGUUCUUUCAAAACCAUGAGCUAGAGGAGCUUAGGGAUGCGACCUAUGCUCGAUCGUUGGGAAUCAAGGAGAAAACGAAGGUGCUACAUGAUAGAAAGUUGAGAAAAGUGAAGGAGUUUAGCAAAGGCGACAAAGUGCUUCUUUACAACUCAUGA